AACGGAGCCCGGCGCCCGGCGCACACAUGUGAGAUAUCGCGGGAAAGCCAAGCUGGCAAAACGCACGCGUGGCAUCGUCGUCUCCUGUAUUUACGGCACCGUUACUUGUCAAAUUUUCUCCAUUCCGCAUAUCUACAACUAAAGAAGGUAUGUCAAGGCCAUGUUUAAUGUUUAACUAUCUAAAUAAGUAAAUAUAACGUUAUAUAAUUGUGUUUACUACCUUCGAAACUACGAUGUUGUUUUGGUUGACGUGGCGGCAAAAGUCUGUUUUGUUUUUCUGGUUUUGCUAGACAUCAGCGUGCAUACAAAUUUGAUAUAGACAGAUCUCAAAUGAUUUUCGUAAUUUAUCUAAUGAUCAUAUCUUGUCUUUGGCUUAGAAGAGCAUGGAAAAAUACAAAGAAUUUGAGACAUGGAGGAAUGCAGCUCUGACGAAGUACCUGAGCGACAGGGGGUGGAAAACAACUGGCGACCAUAAGAUGCUAGUUGCCAGGGCCUUCAGUGCUUGGGAGAACAACAUCCCAGUGCAGCCGUCAGCAGCUGAGCUAGCUGAAACCGCGAAGAAGGAAUAUGAACAGCUGGUGGAAGGGAUAGAAGAUCCCCUCCAGUUUGGACCUGAAGCCUGGACAACCGAGACUGAGGGCAUUGAAGGCUGGCCAAAUGUCAUGUACAGUGACAUUUAUGACUACAUAAUGAAGGAACACCCAGGCAAGGACCAAACCCUAAACAACCGUAUGCUGAAUGCCUACAAGGAAGGCAAAGCAUACACCUUCUACACAAAUGGUUGGCUGCAAGAGGUGCAGUCUUGCAAGCGAGGUGGGCUUGUCUACUUGCGAGCAAAAUGUACACCAUCAUGCAAAAUAAAUGAAUUCCCGCACAAGGCAUGGGUUUGCUGCCACCAAACUGGCACCAUCAAAGAGGCUUACUGCUCUUGUACAGCUGGGUUGGGACAGUCAUGCAGUCACAUCGCAGCGGUGCUGUUUAAGGUCGAGGCAGCAGUCCGGACCUAUCUAGUAAACCCUGCGUGUACAUCUACAGCCGCCCGGUGGAAUGUUGCCCCAGGGAAAAGAGUCCAGAAGAGAAAAUGCAAGGACUUGUGUUUAAAAAAUGAUAAAUUUGGCAAAACUGGUGUGUACCUAUAAAUUUUGAGUUCAGCCUACUAAAAUUAACAUUCACAUGCCGAGCACAUGUUACAAAUAACUUAAGAUAUCUACAUGUCUAAAUUGUAAUACUAACACUUCAUAUUGCAGGGUUGCAACUACAACUGUCUAUACUUUUGUUAACAGAAACUUGUCUAAGAAACAUUAUCUGUUCUAAUAUCCACACAUGUACUAAAAGUAAGAUGUUGACUAUUCGGAUAACUGAUUAAAAUACUUCUGUCUACAAUGUGUGCUUCACUUGUAUUGUUGACUACACUUUCCUAUAUUUGUACAUGUUGAACGUUAUAUUUGUUACAUCAA